AUGCCAACAAAUAGCGGAGAAGUACAUCAUUCUGUUGAUGAACAGGCGAUUGCUAUGGAGCAGAAGCUUGCUGUUCAGUCAAUCCGUGUUUUUUUGCAGUCUAAAACGUCAUACGAUGUUCUACCGGUUUCGUAUAGGCUUAUUGUUUUAGAUACGUCGUUACUGGUGAAGAAGUCGUUGAACAUACUCUUGCAGAACAAUGUUGUUUCUGCUCCUUUGUGGGAUGCACAAACAUCUAGGUUUGCUGGGCUUUUGACUAGUUUGGAUUUCAUUAACGUGAUCCAGUAUUACUUCCAUAACCCCGACAAGUUUGAACUGGUGGAUAAGUUGCAGUUAAAUGGGCUUAAGGACAUUGAGCGGGCGAUUGGGGUGCAGCCUUACGACACGCGAUCAAUCCAUCCGUUCAAGCCUUUGUAUGAUGCUUGUGUGCAGAUGAUAGAGUCGCGUUCGCGAAGAAUUCCGUUGAUCGACCAGGAUGAGGAGACGCAUAGAGAGAUCGUUGUUAGCGUGCUCACGCAGUAUCGUAUCUUGAAGUUUGUGGCCCUCAAUUGUAAGGAAAUACGGUACUUGAAGAGGCCAUUGCGUGACUUGAACAUUAUAUCCAGAAAUAACAUCAUGAGCUGUCAAAUGAGUACACCAGUAAUAGACGUGAUCCAGCUUUUGACUCUGGCUGGCGGUGUGUCCAGUGUUCCUAUUGUGGACGAAAAGGGCAAGUUGAUUAAUGUGUACGAGGCUGUCGAUGUUCUCGGGCUCAUUAAAGGUGGUAUAUACAACGAUUUGUCUCUCUCUGUCGGAGAAGCUCUGAUGAGAAGAAGUGACGACUUUGAAGGUGUCUUCACAUGCACAGAAAACGAUAAACUCUCGUCCAUUCUAGAUUCAGUGAGGAAAUCGCGCGUGCAUAGAUUCUUCGUCGUCGAUUCGGAAGGGUUCCUUACCGGUGUGCUAACGUUAAGUGAUAUCCUUAAGUACAUUCUAUUCGCCGAAGCAUGA